GAUACGCUGACGUUCCACGCGCUUUCAUCCCUUAUAUAGAGACAAUAAGUUCAUCUGGAAAAGCCAUGUGAUACAAUCAAGAAGGAUAUAUCGUAUUAUAGUGUUUUUAGUUUUUGAGAAUUUUCAAACUCCUAUAUAUUUUUCUUGCCCGUACCGGGUCCUGGGCUCUUGUGCUGUGAUACAAUAAAUUUUAUUAUUAAGGGUUGAUUUAUUUGUUUUACAAAAAAAAAAAAACGUUUUAUCGUGACAUGUGCUACUAUAGAAUUCGUCUGACGCUUAUCAAUCGGAAAAAUUGUCUCUGAUAACAAGUGACUGAAAUAUUUCUCAGUGCGGAUAUGCUCAGUUGCGAGAUACUUUCCUUCGAUGGCGUGUAUGGUGGUCGUGGUGAUUUAUUGACGCCACCACAGAGCAGCCCAGAAUCUCACCAUAGUAAUAUACAUCAACCCCAUAACAUGCACUCCUUGGAAGAGACCAGUGCUGAGCUGGGUUUAACUCGGAGCAUACCGGAAGCUCUCUUGUCGUCGAUACCAAAAUGCGGUGGUUGCCAGGAGACGAUAAUGGACAGGUAUGUCCUACGUGUCCUGGAAAGGUGUUGGCAUGCAAGAUGUCUCACAUGUCGCGACUGCGGUGCACGACUGACGAACAAGUGUUUCGCGAGAAACGGCCACGUGUUCUGCAAGGAUGACUUUUUCAAGUGUGGCAGGCGCUUUGGGACGAAGUGCGCGGGCUGCGGCCAGGGUCUGGCACCAUCUCAGGUGGUUCGAAGAGCCCAGGAACUCGUCUACCACCUAACGUGUUUUUCAUGCGCCCUGUGUUCCCGACAACUGGACACGGGGGACGAGUUUUAUCUGAUGGAGGAUCGCAAGCUCGUCUGCAAGCCCGAUUACGAGCAGGCCAAGGCAAAAGAACUGGCUGACGGCGGAAGCAUAGACGGCGAUCAGCCUAACAAGAGACCAAGAACCACCAUAACGGCCAAGCAACUGGAAACCCUUAAACUUGCCUAUAAUAAUAGUCCGAAACCUGCCAGACAUGUUCGAGAACAACUCUCACAGGACACUGGAUUGGACAUGCGUGUCGUCCAAGUCUGGUUCCAGAACAGAAGAGCCAAAGAGAAGCGUCUUAAGAAGGAUGCUGGCAGGACCAGGUGGUCCCAGUAUUUUAGAAGUAUGAAGGGUAACGGGGCUGGUGGCCAUUCUCCCAGGCAUGAUAAACUCCUUGAUAAGGAUGAUCUCAAGGUCGACCUCGAUUCUACCUUCGGACACCAUGAUUUGAGCAAUGAUAGCUACGGAACCGUGGUGAAUAUGGGUAUGGACGGUGAGGGAGCGAGUCCUGGAGGUGGUGGUAACGGGGGUGCUCCUAACGGACCACCUCGUGGAUACCUGGGUGCCACCACCCCACCUUAUCUUUCAACGUCCAGAUCGCCGUCCUUACCACCUCAAUUUCCUUAUCCGCCCGAUACUGGACUCUCUGUCUAUACGACGUUGGGUGGUCCAGGUGGCAUGGUACCGGGACCCGCCUCGGAUCUCAGCAAUGAGUCUAGUGGUGGCGGUGGCGGCGGUGGUGGUGGUGGCGGGAGUUAUCCAGACUUUCCACCAUCGCCCGACUCCUGGCUUGGUGAACCCCCAUCGCAUCCUCAUCAUCAUCCACAUUACGCCACAUAACCCCCCCAAUGUUGGAAAGGUACCCUCCGAAUACCGUGAACGUAAAGAUCAAGAUUCAAAGAAUCUUGUGAUAUUAUAUAGAAACACACGCAAACCGGACAACCAUUUUCUUUUUUCUCUUUUUUUUUUUUUGUCAAAUAGUAUUUCCGAUCUUUUAUUUCCGUGUGAUUCGUAUCCAGUCGGCCAUUAUUUCUUUCGUUUAUUUAUGUCUCUUGUUCGUCACGUGACUUCAGCAAGAAGAUUUAAAAGGACACAAAACCACAAACGGCUCUAUUACUUACGACAUUAUUAAUUAUAAACGCGUACUAUACAUAUUAAUAUUACGGCUAAUAUAGAUAUAUUUAUGUACAAGUUCCUUGUUUCACGUUACGAUAGGAUUUAACGGUAAAACUCAAUAGAGGUUAGUGCGUCGCGGAUGCCAUCCCAGAUGGCGGGCUCAACGGCGAUCGAGUCUGCGACAUUUGUCCACGGUUCGACGAGCUAUUGUGAAACUGAUGAAAAUGAGUUCAUCGUGGUACCAAUAAAUACACUAGGAUAAUGUUUUACGUA